GACUACUUGUGUCAGACGCUUGUGUUCUCGGGCAUCAUGGAAACCCCGCGGGCGCUCCGCCGUCGCGUGUUUGCUGUGACGUCACCGCAUGGCCGUCCUUCUCCGCGCCUGCACCGGAGCGGACAGCCACCGCAGUCGCGACGCGCAAAAUUGGCGGAAGGAGCGAGAGAAUCGUCGCUUUCGGCGCAUAAUAAUUUGAAAGAAUUACGCGGGGCGCUUCGCCUCGGCGGCGAGAGCAGCCUCUGCGCGGAGCCGCGAUUUGAAAAGGCCGGUUGAGCGCCGCUCCGCCGUCAGCCAAUGGGAAGUGAGCAUUUUUCGCGCUGACUGGGACGAGCCGGGCUCGAGCAGGCAUUCCGUGCAGUGGCGCGAGAGCUCAGCGACGCGGUGGACAUGCUCCAAACAGCACAGUGACUUGAUGGAUACCAAAAGCUGCUCUCUGCCUCUGAUUGUAGAGCCGCUAAACCCGAUCAGUAUGAAGCAGGCGUCAGACACACAUAUUGGCCACAAAGGCCAUGUGGACAUGGGUGCUGAUCCCGCCGUGCUGAUGGACCAGGCGGCCGCACAGCUGGCUGCCACUCUUCAAGACAGCGUACUUCAGAACAUGGCUGGGCACGGACAUAAGCGGCUCAAGGACUUGACCUCCCGCGUUUUGAAUGGCGAACAGAACAAAGUGCCCAAGCUGUGUGCAGCCGAGGGGUCCCUCCUGAAGGCAGCAGAUGGCCCUCCGCAGCACGAUGCUCCCCAGAUGGAAAGCACUCAACAGCUCAAAAUUCAGAUCACCAAAAUGGUGCCAAAGAGCCCUCCGCUGUUUCCGCCGUCCUUCAGUGAGGACAGUGCUCUAUCUGCUGAAGCUGCUGCCCCGGAGGACACCCCUUGCAUUCCCAUCAAGAAAAAGCCUGGGAGGAAGAAGAAGAGGAAAAGGUCCGUGAUGCCGUGCCCCCAGCCUCAGCUGAGCCCACUUGCUGUGCCACCAGCUUCUCCAGUGAAGGGGGAGGUAGCCCAGGGCAGCACCACAGUCAGCUCGUUCUGUGUGCAGUCCAAGCCCCCGGUGCCCCCUGAGGGGGACAGGCCAAUGCAGGUGCGCUUUUUUGUCGGUGAUGUGGUGUGGACCAAGGUGUCUGGCUACCCAUGGUGGCCCUGCAUGGUGACUAUGGAUCCAGCGCUCAACCAGCAUGUCAAGCAGAAAGCUGUCAAUAGCCGCAGAGGACUGCUGUAUCACGUGCAGUACUUUGGUGAUACUCCUGAGCGAGGCUACAUCUUUGAACGGAGUAUGGUGACGUUUGGGGGUAAAGAACAGUACCAGGAGCUGUGUAAAGGAAAUGGCAAGCAGCUGGCCUCCCGUGCUGACCAUAAAAAGACUCGGCCCAGUGUACCCCUGAAACUAAGGGCUCAGUGGAGUGUGGGCAUCUCCCAGGCCACGGAAGCUGCUGGCAUGGCCCUGGAGGACCGUAUUGCCAAAUUCACCUUCACCUACAUAAGCGGCCGGCCGCAGCUGAAUCCUCGUGUGCUGGUGGAGCUGCCUUCCGCCAUCAGCGCUGCCAGUGGCACAGCUGCUGCAGCAGAGCAGUGCCAGCCGACAGCCAUCAGCGGGAUUAAACGCUGCAGAAAGUCUCUCCGCAAGGAAUUACUUGGAUCUGGGAAAAAUGGAAAGAUUGCAAAAUCAAAAGAAAAGAAGACUGCGAAGGCGGCACACCAGGAUGCUUCUUCUCCAGCUGUUCAGACUGAAAUAACUUCUGUGCCAAAACCAGCAAAGAAAUCAAAGAAAACUGGUCAGACAAAACCCUUGCAAGAGAAGAUGAGGAAUUUAAAGUCUGACUCUAAAGGGAGCAAAGCUUCACAAGAAGUGAAAAAGGCCCCAAAGAGGAUACUGGGUGUGGCUGUGGACAGUGCUGAAGCUCCCAGGAAACGAGUGAAAGUAAAUGGCUGUGUGGUUAAGCAGAAGACUGAGUCUAUAGCCACAGUAAAGUCAAUGUUGAAAAUAAAGGCCUCCAGUCUGGAGAGGAAGUGUGUGUCAGAAAGCCCACAAAUGGACAACUCAGGAAACUCAUCACCUGCAAAAUCUAAACGUGGUAGAAAGCGGAAACAAGUGCUGGACAGUUCAUCACUAGUGUCUCCCCAGCGAAAGAGUCGUGUCCCAUCUGACCCUGAAACAGAGUGCCAAGCAUCUGAGUGCAGCGAGCAGCCCGAAUCCCCGGUGGAGGCCACAGAAGAAGCAUGUGUUAUCAAGAAGGGUGAGCGUGGUCACAAGAGGGACAUCAUCUGCCAGGUAUGUGAGGAAAGCGGUGAGGUCCAGAUGUGUGAGGGCCAGUGUUGUGGAGCAUUCCACCUGCAGUGCCUCGGUGUCUUGCCCCAGCCACGGGGCAAGUUUUUGUGCCAGUCGUGUGAGACUGGUGUGCACCCGUGUUUCUCCUGUAAGCGGACAGACGGUGAGGUACAGCGCUGCACGGUGCAGCAGUGUGGGAAAUUUUACCACGAGGCUUGUGCCCGGCUCAGCGCCCUGUCCGUCUUUCAGAGCAAGGGCUUUCGUUGCCCCCUUCACACGUGCCUCAGCUGUCACCUGAGCAGCCGGACAAAGCACAAGGCCACCAAAGGUAAGAUGUUUCGCUGUGUUCGGUGUCCCGUGGCCUACCACACCGGUGACCUCUGCGUGGCAGCAGGCAGCCAGGUGCUCGCACCCAGCUCCAUCAUCUGCACAAACCACUUCAACCGCAAGAAGAGCUACAGCCACCACUCGCAUGUCAAUGUCAGCUGGUGCUUCAUCUGCUCCAAAGGGGGCAGUCUGUUGUGCUGCGAGUCUUGCCCUGCUGCCUUCCACCCAGACUGCCUCAACAUUGCCAUGCCUGAUGGCAGCUGGUUCUGCAAUGACUGCAGAGCUGGCAAAAAGCCAAAGUACCAGGACAUCAUCUGGGUCAAGCUUGGGAAGUACAGAUGGUGGCCUGCUGAGAUUCGACACCCACGCAGUGUCCCUGUCAACAUCCAGCAUAUGCCACAUAAUGUUGGAGAAUUCCCAGUUUUCUUCUUUGGCUCUAAAGAUUAUUUCUGGACGCAUCAGGCAAGGGUUUUUCCAUACAUGGAAGGUGACCGGGGAAUCAAGUACAAGAAGAAUGGAAUUGGCAAAGUUUUCCAGAAUGCCCUUCUAGAGGCUGAGAUGCGCUUCAAUGAGAUCAGGGUGGAACGUGAGGCUAAGGAGGCCCAGGAGAAUGAAAGGAAACCUCCACCCUACAAGUAUAUCAAGGUCAACAAGCCAUGUGGAAGAGUCCAGAUCUACACAGCAGACAUUGCAGAGAUCCCAAAAUGCAACUGCAAGCCCACGGACGAAAAGCCAUGUGGCUUUGAGUCUGAGUGCCUGAACCGAAUGCUGAUGUACGAGUGCCACCCACAAGUGUGCCCUGCAGGUGCAUAUUGCCACAAUCAGGCCUUCACAAAGCGCCAGUACCCCGACACAAAGGUCAUCAAAACUGCUGGCAAGGGUUGGGGCCUGGUGACCCUCAGAGACAUCAAAAAGGGAGAAUUUGUGAAUGAGUACGUGGGUGAAGUCAUUGAUGAAGAAGAGUGCCGAGCCAGAAUCAAAUAUGCGCAGGAAAAUGGCAUCACCCAUUUCUAUAUGCUGACCAUUGACAAGGAUCGCAUCAUUGAUGCUGGCCCCAAAGGUAACUACUCGCGCUUCAUGAACCACAGCUGCCAACCCAACUGCGAGACUCAGAAGUGGACAGUGAAUGGAGAUACCAGGGUGGGGCUGUUUGCCGUCUGCGACAUCCCUGCAGACACAGAGCUGACCUUUAACUACAACCUGGACUGUCUGGGCAAUGAGAAGACAGUGUGUCGCUGUGGUGCCCCAAACUGUAGUGGCUUUCUUGGCGACAGGCCCAAGAACUCCAGUGGGCAGACUUCAGAUAUCAAAGGGAAGAAGCCAAAGAAGAAGCUGAGGAAGCGCAAGGCUCGCACCGAGGGGAAGAAGAGGUCAGAAGAUGAAUGCUUCCGCUGUGGGGAUGGAGGCCAGCUGGUGCUUUGUGACAGGAAGUCUUGUACAAAGGCCUAUCAUUUGUCCUGCUUGGACCGCACCAAGCGGCCCUUUGGUCGAUGGGACUGCCCAUGGCACCAUUGUGAUGUCUGUGGGAAGAACUCGGAGGCCUUCUGCCAGCUGUGCCCUAACUCCUUCUGCAAGGCACACCAGGAAGGUGCACUGCGAUUAUGGGUGCCUACAGGACAGUUGUGCUGCCAAGAGCACGAAGAUUUGGAGCUGCAAAAUGCUGUAGACAAUAGGGAGACAGAGCCGCCUCCUGUGGAUGGGCCCAGGCCCCUUAAGAACUCCCAGAAGGCUUAGGUAUGGAGACGGCAGUGUACAGCAAUCACACAAAGUCCUCAACGAACAGCACUGUACAGGAUACUACCUUCAGGGAAACCAGUUCCUCUGAGCCAUCAGGACAGGUCCGUUUUCAUUCCAUUUUAUGUUUUAUGCAGCUGCACUGAUACGCAAACUGGCACAAAAAGUUGACUACGCAACAGGGAAAUCAGGCUCAUAAUUUACACAGCAUUACAGUCAAACUUGAAUAUUUUUACUGUAUCUCCUGAGAUCAUUAUACAUAGUAGAGCUAUAUAAUAUGACUGGAAUAUUGUUGUAGAGUUACAGUUUGCCAGCCAGAUCAUGUGUUUUGGAGCAUCGCAAACACAAAGACACUAUUAGUAGCUGUUAAUAUGUUGUAAUAGAGGUGUAGGUUGCAUUUAGUUGCUUUUUAAAUUUCUUUUUUGUGUUGUAGCUCUUUACUUUUCAGAAACUGUACAAAUGUCCAGGGGUGUGAAUCUGAGUCUUAUUGAAAAAUAAAAAGCAUUUUGUACAGUUUACAAUAGUCUUUACUGAUUUUACAUCCAAGUGACAUGAGUGGACUUUCAAAGUACAGCCUCUGUUGAAAGGAUCUUUCAUGAUUCCUUGGGGGGGCAAAAACUGUCCAGAAACAAGACUAAUAUUUAGUUUCUGCAUGCAGAAUAUAUUGGAUGUCAGGAAGUUAAUGCAGUGGUUUCAUGUGGCCCAGUGUACAAAUAGGCUUAUCCUUUAAAUUGCUGUUGUAUGAUGCUGAAAUCUUUAUUUUAAUAAAAGUAUAAUUUG